AUGGCAGGGAAAGCAUGCAGCUCUGUCUUGACUUCUAUCAAGAGUUCCAACUUGAUAUUCUCCACGUUCCUGGUGGCAGGCAUACCUGGGCUGGAAGCUGUGCACAUCUGGAUCUCCAUUCCCAUCUGUGCCAUGUUCUUCAUUACCUUGGUGGGCAACAUGACCAUCAUUGCAAUUAUCUGGCGAGAACAGACCCUCCACGUGCCUAUGUACCUCUUCUUGGCCAUGCUAGCUGCCUCUGAUCUGGGUCUGUCCCUCUUCACCUUCCCCACAAUGCUGAGGAUCUUCUGGCUGGAUGCUCGUGAGCUCACCUUCUCUGCUUGUUUCACCCAAAUGUUUUUUAUUCAUACCUUCCAAGAUUUUGAGUCUGCUAUCAUACUGGCAAUGGCCUUUGAUCGUUUUGUGGCUAUAUCUCGUCCACUGCACUAUUCUUCCAUCCUUACCCAUAGUGUAAUUGCCAAGAUAGGUCUGGCCAUUGUAGGGCGAGCCAUGAUUGCACAAGUGCCCCUUCCUAUCCUCUUGAGGAGGUUGUGUUUCUGUCGCUCCAAUGUACUUUCUCAAUCCUACUGUCUGCAUCCUGACAUCCUAAAGCUCUCCUGCUCCAACACAAGGAUAAAUAGCAUCUUUGGACUCUUGAUGGCUCUUUCCAACAUGGGACUUGAUUUUCUCCUUAUCCUUCUUUCUUACAUGUUGAUUCUGAAAACUGUACUAAGCAUUGCAUCUCAUGGUGGCCGCCUCAAGGCUCUCAACACCUGUAUUUCCCACCUCUGUGCUGUGAUCCUCUUCUUCACACCCAUGAUCUGCCUGUCGAUACUUUACCGAGCUGCUCCAAGGCUUCCCAAAGCCAUCUACGUACUCAUGGCCAACAUGCACUUUCUUAUUCCUCCUGUGAUGAACCCCAUUGUGUAUGUAGUGAAAACCAAGCAAAUACGAGACAAAAUCCUAAAACUCUUCAACAAAAAAAAAGGAACCAAAAAUCCUGAACAGCAUUAA